UCACAGGAAAGACCAUCUGAAGAAUCACCUUCAGACUCAUGACCCUAACAAGAUGGCCUUCAAGUGUGAAGAGUGCGGCAAGAAGUACAACACCAAGCUAGGCUAUAAGAGACAUUUGGCUCUGCAUGCAGCCACCAGCGGGGACCUUACCUGUAGGGUAUGUGCCCAGGAGUUUGGUGGUACCGAAGUUUUGUUGGAACACCUCAAAAGCCACGCAGGGAAACAGACUGGCAACACGAAGGAAAAGAAACACAAGUGUGACCACUGUGAGCGUCACUUCUAUACCCGUAAAGAUGUGCGGCGUCACAUGGUAGUUCACACAGGCUGCAAGGACUUUCUAUGCCAGUUUUGUGCCCAGAGGUUUGGGCGGAAGGACCACUUGACUCGCCAUACUAGGAAGACUCAUCCACAGGAACUGCUGAAGAGCAGGUUGCAGAACGGUGAGUCGGUGGGUCUCCUUGACCAGCUUUUUCCAUUCAGACUGAAGGAAGAUGCCAGCAUACUGUCCCCUUUUCCUGAAAGGGUCUCUGUGCAGAAUGGGAUUUUGAAUAGCUCAGAAUCAGAGGAAUACAACUGUUCACAUCUUUCUUCCCAGCCAGCGUUACAAACUGCGCUUCCUCUUGAACCUUCUCCUCAUUUGCAAAGGAUGGGCUGUGCAGACAGCCUUCCAGCUGUCCCUCCCACACCGUGCUCAACAGCCCUUCCUGCCAACCUGAACCUUCAUCAGCCUAAUAAACACGACCUUAGUUCUACCUCAUUUGCAGCAGGAUCCCUCAAGAACCUACCCAUAAAAGUGGAUGUUAAAGGUUAUAACGUGCAUCUUCUUGAGGACCUGCCAUUACCGGAACCUCAGUCUCUCCACAAAAUCAGUCUGGAAGAAGCUUCCUCAGGGCCUGCAGGGGACACUGACAAGUACCCAGUGCACAAGGAGACAGAGGCAGCGGCUGAAACGAUGAGCCUGCCUUUCAUGGAUCUCACUCAUGUGAUGAGUUUCUGGCAGCUCACACCAGGUGACAACCAGAACACUACUGCUGGGGACAUCACAAUGGCAUUUAGUCCAGAGGAACCAGCCCACAGGCUGAAUGGCCUUGGCCAACAGCAGGGUCUUCAAUUAGCAACUGGUGGGAUGGCCAUAAACCAGCUGCAUCAUCUUCCUCGCCCCUUUCCAUCCACUACAAAUUCUGUAACGUUGCCUCAUUUUCACCAUGCCUUCAAAUAACUGUCACUGUGGGGUUUGGGGGUUUUUCCUUCUUUUUUUAAGACUGUGCUUCUUACGUAAGUCUGUUAGGAUGGGGUGGUUUUGGUUU